AUCGAUCGCAGCGAGCGUCGUCCCUAUAUCUCUCUCUCCCUUUGAAUUUUCCCUUGUAUUUUGGAUCUUUCUUACUUCCGUACACCCAAAGCCAAACAAACAAACAACAAAAAAAAACAAACUCUUCUCUUUCAUCGAAAUUCAAAAAUCGAAUUUGUUAGGGCUUUCUUCUUCUUCGGGUCACAUCAGAAACAAUGGGACAGCAAAAUUUGAUCUACAGCUUCGUCGCUCGUGGUACGGUGAUUCUCGCCGAGUAUACAGAAUUCAAAGGGAAUUUCACUUCUGUCGCUGCUCAGUGUCUCCAGAAACUUCCUUCUUCGAAUAACAAGUUUACAUACAACUGCGAUGGUCAUACGUUUAAUUACCUCGUCGAAAAUGGCUUUACUUAUUGUGUUGUUGCUGUUGAAUCUGUUGGGAGGCAGAUUCCAAUGGCUUUCUUGGAGCGAGUUAAGGAGGAUUUCAACAAGAGAUAUGGUGGUGGAAAGGCUACCACUGCUCAAGCCAACAGCUUGAACAGAGAGUUUGGGUCUAAAUUGAAGGAGCACAUGCAGUACUGUGUGGAUCAUCCUGAUGAGAUUAGCAAACUUGCCAAAGUUAAGGCUCAGGUGACUGAGGUGAAGGGUGUUAUGAUGGAGAACAUUGAGAAGGUCCUUGACCGUGGUGAGAAAAUUGAGCUUCUAGUUGAUAAAACUGAGAACCUUCGUUCACAGGCACAAGAUUUCAGAGCGCAAGGAACGAAAAUGAGAAGAAAGAUGUGGUUUGACAACAUGAAGAUUAAACUCAUAGUCCUCGGGAUCAUCAUUACCUUGAUUCUCAUCAUCAUCCUCUCGGUUUGCGGGGGAUACAAGUGUACCUAAAACUUGAAAGUAUAAGAAGAAUACGUUGCGAGAUUACCAGCCCCAUAUUGCUCUACUAAGCUGAUUGGAACUUUGCCCGGUAUAUGCCAUUCUUUUUCUUUCUGUUUCGCGGUCUCUCUUUUUAUGUUUUCUUCAUUCAAUUUUGUUAGGGUAAAGAAAUAUGAUGACUCAGACUCAAUUCUGAAAAAUGAUCCUUUAGGGUACGUAUGUUUGGAAAUAGAUAUAAGCCCUUGGGGUUUGCUUAUAUAUAGAUUAGGUCUUUGUGCUCAUGGUGAUGAUAUGAGUUUUUUUUUGUAAUCUAAAAUCUAAUGUUGAGUUUUUGCUGUUU